GCCGGAAAAGAGUCAUCUUUAACAUUUCUGAAUGCUGAUAUUAGAUGAGCUCCCAUAAAUUCGAUUUUUAAAUAGGAAAAAAAAUCUGCUCUCCCCUAGAUUUGUGAUGAGUGUGCCCGAGUAUAGUUCGUAAGCAGAUUGCUCCAAGAGAGGCAGAAAACAAGACAGAAGGCUAACAAUGCUGGCGUUUUUAUCGCUUGGGCAGGAUUUAUCUUGUAAGAUUUCCUGAGUUUCAAAUGAUAACCAAUCGAAUGCCCAGAGACAACCAAUUUCGUUAGCUGCCAGCACUUUUUGGUCAAAACGUGGCUUUGAAGGCAAUUUUUAGCUCUGGGAUCUUAAGCACUGCGCAUCACCAACUCCUAUUGUUUUACUUGGUAUUUGGAAUAAUGAUGCAAAAUUGUUACAGAUUGUCUCGAUAUUCCAGCUGAUGGUGCGUACCAAAACUAUCAGUGCAUUAACGCCUAAAAUGUGCAAAUUGAUAGCAUGCCAAGUCUGCUAUGUCGCAAGUGAAAAUUGAUUUUUCCCGCUUCUUGGGAGAGGCCAAAUCCUUAGUUUUUACAUAGCUUUAUGUCUCAUUUUUGAAACAUUGGAGCAACGACCACACGCAACAUUGCUUCUUCUUUAAAUUGUGGCGCCAAAAGGCUAAUGAAAGUAUAAACACUGGUAAGCAGAAAUUAACAAUUGAACACAUGUCAGUGGAGGUUUAGGUCAAGGAAGAUAAGAGAACGGAAAUCGAUGAGAGAUAUCACACGGCUUUCACUGAUCAACACUCACGCACGUGAAAACACUCGGGUGGGAUUCUGGGACAGAUUCGCACCGACAGAGAGCUGUUUGAAAACAAUAGCACCUAGAAACUCUGAGAAUCGGUUGUAUAAUUUUGGCUUAACCCAUUCAGCAGCUGUCUGCGUAGAGAUUCCCAAACAAAUCGUACGGAGAGUUUGGACAGCGAUUUCGCCAGAUUUAUAGUUGAAACCGUGUAAGUGGAAUAUCAAGACUUUGGAGACGUUUUAACAUGGACGAUCACGAUGUUCUUAAGACGGAAAUCGAAGAAGAAAGCGGUUCUCCCACAAGCAAGCAAGAUGUUAACGGAGGCUGCCGGAGAAGGAGAGCCAAACCUAAAACGGCGACAAGUAGAAAGGAACGAAGACGAACGCAGAACAUAAACGCUGCGUUUGAUGAUUUGAGGAAACACAUACCCAAUGUUCCCUCCGACACUAAGUUAUCCAAAAUCAAAACACUCAAACUUGCGAUGAGCUACAUUCAUCAUUUGGAGAAUCAACUGGAAGAUGAAAGCCAAGGCCAGGAAAUUGUUACGCCUCCUGAGGAAUCACGCCGCAAAACAGACAACAACGACGACACUGUUAGCAAUGACAGCAACAGUUCUGAUCGAUUAGAUUCUUCACCGAAGGUAAAUAACAAAAGAGCAUCUUGAAUAUUAGGAGGUUAACUGUGAGCUCGAAAUACUGAAAUGCAAUUUUCGAGUGGAGUUUCCUGCUUAGGUCAUUAUUACAUAAUUGCUUUACAUUUAAUAGCAGUCCUAAGUACUUAAACAACUAACUGACUUCGGUCAACGGACGAGCGGUUAAGACAUCGAGAAUGCAAUGAACAUACUUUCACUCCGACUUGAUGGUUCAUUUUGCAAGAAGGUAAAAUUAUGGCGUUGAAUCUCAACAAAUUUGAGCGAUAAUGUUCCUUCAAAUGUGUUACAAUACCAUCGUGGUUCUCUAUGGGGUUCCAGCUCUUUUCUUUAUUAAAAGUGGAACUAAUUGCGAACAGCUUGUUUGGUUGUUUUAAUUCAUUUAUUUCAGCUAACAUGCCAUUGACCAAUUCCAGUUGCGGUAGACAAACGGCAACGUGAUUAAAUCCACGCAUGUAAAGUGAUGGAAGUAUUUUUUUUCGCUUUGUUAUGAGCCUGGGAUUAAGUACCUUUUUUUUGUAAUUUGCUUUGUGAUACAGAAUUGUGACGAAAAACAGAGACUCUCUUCCCCGCCGCGUCGAAGCUCCAGAACAGGAUGGCCGCAACACGUAUGGGCAUUGGAGCUCGUGGGAAGCCUCAAACAACAAUCUGUUGCGUAAUGAUAAAUUUCAUCUGGCGAAUCUUUCUGCACAAAAAUAUUGAAAAGUGUGUUUAUCCACAUGUUGUAACUAAGUUCAGCCCAAACUGAGAUCAUUUACGCGAAAUGAUUGAAGACGUGUUCAGGAAACACGAAGUGAUUCCGCUAAAGAACGUAACACCUUCGUCAUACGAGGCUGGUGGGAAAAAUGGCUUGCGAAGCGAAAGGAUUCUGUUAUGUUACUAUUGAGACAUUUGUUUCUACUUAUCUUUAAUGGGAAAAUGUUGGAAAUUAACAGGAAAUUGAAUCUGCAUUGCGGCCUAAAUAUUCUGUAAAGAGCCACUUAUAAAUUGUAAAUGAUGUUCGGGGAACCCAAAGGUGGUUGUUGAAUACCUAUAGAGGUUAUUUGGGAUGUUGGUUAUCGAUGAUCUCGAGAAUAGUUGUGUAAUAAUUGAUAUUUUUACGUUGAGUCAUAAGGUGUCUAGUCUAUAUACAUAUUAAAAACUCAUCACUUAACUUCCCUACAAUAAAAAACAUUUGAUGAAUAAGAAAUUAGUUUAGAAACUUACUGCAAAGAGCGCUAGCAGUUUUUGCUGUGUGGCCAUGGUGAAUUUUCAGGUUGUUCAAAAUGAUUUCCAUCUUGAAUCC